AUGAGAUUAGGAGGAAGAUUGGAGUUCUCAGAGUUCUCUUUGGAUAAUAAACAUCCAGUCAUCUUGCCUACAACCUCCGCAUUUACAAGACUGAUAGUACUUAAAGAGCAUGAAAAAAUCAUGCACGGAGGUACAUCUGCUACUCUAGCCAAAAUUAGAUCUCGCUUCUGGAUCCCGAAGGGGCGCCAGCUAAUUAAAAAGAUCAUCAAAAAUUGCUUGAUUUGCCAGAAAUAUUUAGCCAAACCAGCAGAUCAAAUGACAGAACCUUUACCGAAAGAUAGAAUCCAAGAGUCACCACCAUUUUCCAAUUGCGGAAUUGAUUUUGCGGGACCUGUAUAUGUAAAGAACUACAAAGAUAUGCAAAAGUCGUAUAUUGUUUUGUUCACCUGCGCUGUAACUCGUGCCGUACAUCUUGAACUUGUGUCAAACAUGUCGACACAAGCCUUUUUACUGGCAUUUAGAAGAUUCUUAAGUAGAAGAGAUUUAAGAACUGGACAUCGCUUGGAUUGCAGUAAAGAAGGAAAAUCUCUCAAGAUAGGGGACGUGGUACUUCUCGAAGGAAGUAACAAAAAUAAGUUCUUGUGGCCUUUAGGUAUAAUUACAGAACUCUUUAAAGGACGUGAAGGACUUGUUCGUGCCUGCACAGUUAAGACAAAGGACGGACAAUAUAGGAGGCCGAUACAGCUAGUGUAUCCUUUGGAAAUGAUCAAUGGACCGUGA